AUGUAUCAAGAAGCUCCACAAAACAUCUUAAUAUUUGGACCCCAAGCCCUUGCUUUCAAUCAAGAAUCAUUUUGGAAGCUCCAGGCCAGCAUUGCAAAUUCAAUGCAACUCGGUUGGGUCAACCAUGUCGUUGCAGAGCUUCCAGAUCGGUUCAAUGACCUUAGCAACGGUAUCUCUCGGCUUAAGGUCGUGCCUGGUGCUUCGUUGUUAAAAGCAUUGAGUCAACAGAUUGGAACUGGCGAUCUGGCCAGUAUAACAGAAGCAACCCAUCUGCCAAACAUUGUUUUGACUCCGCUUUGUGUCAUUUCCCACCUGGUAUCCUACACGGAAUAUCUCGAACUAAGGCACAAUGAGUCAGGAUGGGAUGCAUGGAAGAAGACGAAGGACACCGAUGUCGUGGGCUUUUGCACUGGUAUCUUGACAGCUUUGGUCGUCUCCCUUAGUGAUGAUCUAGAAAGUUUCAAGAAACACGGAGCUACCGCCAUUCGACUUGCCAUGAUGAUUGGGGCUGUGGUAGAUGCGGAAGACGUGAUGAACGGCAGUUCGGUGUCACUUUCUGCUGCUUGGAGAACACGGGAAGGUUUAACCAAUUUGGAGAAAAUUAUUCGGGAAAGCCAUGGUGUGAGUGAUCCUGGAGAUUAA